AAAAUCAGAGAAAUCCAAGGCGGGAAAGCAAGGCAAAAUAUUUUAGAACUCUAAAUAAGCGCCUCAUUUGUAAAGAGGAGAGAAAAAAAUCAGAAACAAAGAGACCACCAAUGGAAGGAAAGUGCUUAAACAACCAGUUGCAGAGGCUAAUAGAGGCCAUCAAAGCUUCAGACGUUGUUGAGAGCCGCGUUAAACUGCUCAACGAAGUGACGGAUUUAGAUUUAUCGGAGAAUUCUGAUGUAGCUUUGCUUGUAGAAUGCCUAACUACAUUUUGGGAAGACUUCACUUGUUUGGAUGUGUCGCAGUGUAUGUUAAACAAGAGUAUUUUGUCUGUGGCUGCAAAAUAUGUAAAUUCAGACCUAUCUGGUUGUUUAGUGCAAUUUCUAAGUCUGGGGAUGAAGGGAAGCAUGUGGUGCAGGAAGCAUUUGAAGAUGACCUGUAUGUCAAAGGAGGAGUCUCAAGAGGAAGAGCAUUGCAGCUUCUUUUACCAGCUGCUUUCAGAUUUUAUGAAUUUUUCUGCUGAUAGUUUUUUGGCUCUUGUGAGAUAUCCUAUUUCAAACUGUGAGACAUCGAUGAUUAUCAUUGAGAAGUUCAUUAUGGAACAAUUUAAUUUAACAAAAGAUGCAAUAUCAGAGAGCAAGAUUAUCAAUUCAGUUGGCUUGGAUAUCUUCAAAGUUGCUCAGGCAAUUAUUGAUGCUGUGAUAAGGCUUUGCAAAGAAUAUUCUCAAGCUGUAAAUGUGGAGUCCUCUAAUGCAAGAUCUGAAAAAAAUCAAUUCGGCAGGCUGUGCAAAGAGCCUAUUGUUGUGAAUCAUGUUGCCAACAUAACAAAAUGUGCAAUUGAAAGAUUGUCUGAAUUGGGCAUCCUGGCUGCAAGUGGUGGUGGCAGUCUGGUAACAAUACUAAAUGCGUCAUGGAAAGGUGUGGUGACCUUGCUUCAGCUUGGCAAGGGAGCAUUAGCAGUAAAGAUGAAUGUAGCAGAUAUUAUAGUGACUUUGAUUUCACUGAUCAAUGAAUCUCUCAGAUGCACAACUGAGGCUUGGUCUUCUAAACUUAAGGAAGCCAUUUCUGUAAGUGAAGCCAGAAGAACAUUUAUUCCAGUGAAAUUUUACCUGAUCAAUGCCGUAAAGAUAGCUUCCCUCUUUCCUAGACAAGCAUAUAUAGUGUAUAAAGAGAUAACACUUUGUGUACUGAUGAUCUCAAGUUUAAGAAUUUCGCUAAGUCAUGAUAAAGGUUUGAAAAUUGCCAGUGAAGUAUUGACAGAACUUCUUGAGAGAUCAUCUUUGGAUUUACUUAAUUCUUUACUGAAUUCACCUCUUGACAGACUGGAGAAGCUUGAAAUUCUUGACUGUUUAUUCACUGAGGAAUGUAAUUUGAACCCUAUCCGUGGAGAGCCAAUAAGUAACUAUAGGGCAGCUUCAACUGAUGAAAUCUUUUCUCUCAGUUGCGAAGCAAUGUCUGGGGCAAGAAUGUUAUUGCCUGGUCGAGUUGGAUUGUUUCUUAGUUUUCUGAUGUAUUCUCCUGAUCUUGGAGAAGACAUGAAGCUCAUCAUGAUCAGAAAGGUCGGUUGGCUUUUAGAUGUGUUAACAGAUGAGGAGGUGUAUUCUUCCAUUCUUGUCUCCCAAAUUCCAGUAUUAUACAGUUCUGGAAAAACUGUUGAACUAGUCUGGCAGACUUUGUUUUCAGCUUUGUUGCAUGCUUUAAAAACCUUCAUGAUUGCAGUUUCUUCUUGUCAUGCUUGGGAGGAUUUUAUGGCUUUCCUGCUUGAAAAUUUCUUCCAUCCUCACGUCCUUUGCAGGGAGAUUGUGAUGGAACUUUGGUGCUUUUUGGUGCGUCAUGCUGAGGUGGACUUGGUGAAUGGUAUUAUCGAUAAACUUUGCACAUUGAUGAAGUCUUUGGUAUCUUCAGAAUCUGUUUUUUUACCUGGCUCUACCCUAAGAAAAAUGGCACAUUCAAUUUGCAUACUUCUUACUUAUAGUAGACAAUCUUUGGUUGACAAGGUUUACAAUUAUGUUGCCAGUGAUGACAGAUCUCAAUCAUCAUCAAUUAUGUAUCUUGCUCUACUUUUAGAAGGUUUUCCAAUAAAUUCUCUGUCAGAUAAUAUUAGAAGUUUCGCCAAGCAAAAAAUCAUCACUGAUCAUUUUAGCUUCAUUGAGAGAUUUGCUGACAAAUCAUUCAGUGCUUCCAGUUCUGGUGUGUUGGGAGUGCCAGUUUUUGCUCUAUCUGCUUCCUUGCAGUUAGCCCAGGUCAGUAUAUCUGAUAUUGAAAUAAAGACCCUGAAAUUUUUAGUUUCUACUAUUCGAAGCUAUAGAAAUGCUGCUGACAAGGUGAUGAAGAAUCAAUAUUGUAAGCUUUUGAGUGAAACACUCAGGAUUAUUUCGAAUAUGAAGCAUCUAUAUUCAGUUGAUGAGAUGGAGGAAGUCAUCUUGGAGCUUCAGGACCUGUUUAUCUCAGGAUCAACAGACUCAGAUAUUCAGUUUUAUCAAUGCAAAGCAGAAUUGGCUCUUUUUAUGGCAGGAUUUGGUCAGGUGGAGAUUUCAGAAAGCGAUGAUUGUGCUAAGAGCUGUGCUGUGUGGAAGUUGUACCACAUGCUGCUCAGAGAGCGGCACUGGGCACUUGUUCACCAGGCACUUGCAGCAUUUGGAUAUUUUUCUGAGCGUACCACUUGCAAUCAGCUGUGGAGAUUUGUGCCCGAGGAUGCAGCUCUUUCAUAUGAUUUAGAGUCUGGAAAUGAGCCAAAUGAAGAGAGAUUUAUGUCUGAGUUCAAGGCAUUUCUUGAGAAGGAACUGACUCUUCUUACUGUUACAUGUAGCUCUGAGCAGCCCAGGCUGUUAGUGAAGGAAGGUUUACUGCUUAGAGAAAUAGUCCGAAAUAUUUCAAAUAUUGAAUUAGAACCAAUGGCAUGUGAAAGAAUGGAAAUUGCUGGUGAAAACUUAUCUAAUAAGAGAAGAAAACUUCCUGGUGAAGUAAGCAAAGGAAUGGAAUUACUGCAGAAUGGUUUAAAAGUUAUCGGUGAUGGCAUUUCCAAUUGGCAGCAAAGCCAGUUUGACUCCACUGAACUUCAGAAGUUUUUGGCUUCCCUUUCUCGUCUUGAAGAUGCUAUUUCUCACUUAGUAGGCUUAACUGACAGUAGCUAAGCUGUGGUCUCAGCUCUCUGCUUGUAAUCGGGUUCUAAAUUUGUCAGAGGCAGACUCUGAGGAGCACCAGCAAACCUAAUUCUGAGCAAGAUGGAUAUGUCGUUUCAGUGGGAUCAAGUGUUGGUGACUUCAGGAAGCCGCAUUUGACGUUUCAGUGGGAACAUAACAAUUUGUUAAAUGUUAGAAGGGAAUCUAAUAUAAAAUGUCUAAAAAUCUGGUCACAGUCACAUUGAAUCCAUUACUAAUGAGAUAAAAAUGAGUGUUCCAGUGAAAAAGUGGUUGCAUUUGCAUUUGCAUGAAAAAAUAGUUAAGUGAGUCUGACUUUGAAUGUUAUGUAAAUGGUCUGACGAAUCGUCCUGUGUCACACCUAACAUGUCUACAUUGGGGAAGAUGUCUGCGCAUGUGCAUAGUCAUUUAACGUGUAUAUUGCAAAGAUAGGAAAUCCAAGUAUGAGUAAUGUAUAAAAGAGUAA